AUUCAUAGAUUUUUAUGCCUUUUCGCUGAAGUGUUGUUUAAUUGACUUAUGUUGGUCCAAUUUCUUACUCUGAAAACGCUCUGAAUUGUACGUACUAACGGGGAUUUGAAUCGUGCAUUCCCGGCAUGUUUCUGGUAAUGAAACAUUAGUAGCCUGGUAGCCUGAUAAGUGGCGCUAACUAGAACUAUAACCGUAUGCUCGAGCAAUCUGACUGCAAACCGGCAAACGCUUCAGUCGACAACUGCCAUAUAAUUGUAGUACGUAACCAAAAUUUUUUAGGUGCGUGGGGCUUCGAGUUAGGAGUGGAUCGUUGCGUUUGGAUUUUAAUUUUAUCAUCUCGAUUAUAACAUAUGGAUUGAAAUUCUUAUGAAAUGUUCAAAUUUGGAUUUACAGUCGACAGUGGGAAUCGAGAGAACGGUACCUCAAAAAAUCAUGUAAUUUUAGCGAGCUGAUUCCUAGACGCUGAGGAUACCAAAGAAGAAACCUCAGUGCUCAGCUGGUUCCCUGCAGAAAGGAUUGAAGUAUCCUCUGAACAGCUCUCCAAAACUUUUGAUAACGAUGAUUUUGAAAUAACCAACAUGUUCUGUGAUAUAACAUUGAAAAUUUUACACGCCGACAAAGUCGUGAUCGAUUUGCAACAUGAUGACUGCAAAAAUAUAAUUGAAGCCGAAUCUCGACAUUCUGAUCUUGUGCCUGCAAAGUAUGAAGGUGGUCUCAAAAUUUGGGAAUGUACUUAUGAUCUUGGAAGAUAUCUUUUAUCUGAAAAAAUUCCACUGGAUCACAAAGAGGUCCUAGACUUGGGAUGUGGUGCAGGGGUUAUUGGUCUUUUGGCCGUACUCAAAGGAUCAGCUAAUGUUCACUUUCAAGACUAUAAUGCAGAAGUAAUAAAAUCUAUCACAAUUCCAAACGUAAUUUUGAACAUCGGUGAUAAAAAACGUGUUCGAGAACAGUGUGCAUUUUUUUCUGGAGAUUGGGAAUCUUUUAGUGAACUAGAGUCACAAAAGUAUGAUAUUAUUUUGACUAGUGAGACAAUUUAUAACCCAGAUAAUCAGCAAAAGUUGUACAAUGUCUUCAAAUCGAAGUUAAAAAAAAAUGGCAUGGUUUAUGUUGCCGGAAAAGUUUAUUACUUUGGAGUUGGUGGAGGAAUGAGACAGUUUGAAGAGCUUGUCAGUAGUGAAAAAAAAUUCUUUACCGAAACUGUUUGGAGAAGUGAAGAAGGUAGUAAUCUACAAUAUGUGGUUUGGAUGUUUGAUUUAACUAAUUUCAUAGGUCUUGAAAUUAAUGAAUUCCCUUUGUAAAUAUUUUUACAGGAGUUCAACGUGAAAUACUAAAGCUAACAUUCGAUACUUGAGAUUUGACAGUGAGAUUAUAGCAGAUCCAACAUCUCACAUAACUGUUGAUAAUUACUGACAAAAUUUUUACCCCCAAUAUCUCAUAUGAAUUAUAUUGCUAAGAAGAUUUGGCUAUCGUUUCAGAAUAAAAAAUAAACAUUUCCAGCAAUGAA